UUCUCCUUAGAUCUCUAGGUAGUUUAUUAGAAAUGCUUACAUAGGUUUGCUUCCUAAUCUCAAGCUGGCUUCCCCUCUCCAUAACUCUUAGCAACUGCUCUCCCAGGAGGCCAUGUAAGUGAGGGGCAUUUAGGCUUAAGAUUUAUUAGCUUCUUGUAAAGGUCUGAGCGAACCUUCCAGGCCAGGCAUUGUAUCAUCUGCCUCUGUAUUCCUUGCACCCAGAUUAGAGCCUACUAUUGGGUAGGUGCUUGGAAUGUGCUGGGGAUUAAAGGCUUACGUCUUGCAGGCCCCUCAAUAUGAUCUAAGGACACGAGUGGCUUAGAGAACGGUGCGACAAGGCUGAGCGAAAGAAAACAAGGCGGUGUGGUAGUGAGUGGGCUUCUUCCCUCCGCCGGUGAGGGUGCAAUCUUAGACUAUGACAAAGCCCGACAUAAGGUCUUGCAGAGGGCCGCGUUCCAAUGGUGGCCUUCUUCCCUACUGGCCAAUCUGCCCCAAGAAGAGCAGAAAGCACCCUGCGGGAUCUGAUGAUCAGCUGGCCUCUCAUUUUGGGGGCCCAACAGAAGGUGGAAAGCCAAGACACCCCAUCACCGGAAGUUUGAGAUUAAGAAAAACGGCGGAAGUAGGCCGGAGCGCUUCCUCAGUAUAUUGACUCAAGCCGGCUCGCCUACUUUCUUCGAUAAGGGGAGAUGCUCCCCAUUUCUAUGCAGCUGUGCAGCUCCGGGGUUCCAAGCGUAGGCUUGACAGGGUAAUUUCGCUUCUCAUCCUUUUUUUCAGCCACCCAGUGCCUUCCCAGAUUCUCCGGCCAGGACGUAACGUACUCUUACGUAGCCUGGGCGGGGCCUGAAGGGGAAAAGCGUCUGAGAAGGGCUAUCGCGAGAACAUCCCGUUAUUUUGCAGUUCUCGUGCUUCGGCUAAGCUCUCGUCGCAACGAGAUCUUUCGAGAUCUUCUCCGCCCCCGCUACCGGCGCCUCCUCUGCGGCCACUGAGCCGGAGCCGGCCCGAGCGGCCCUCGGUUGCAGUACUCACUCUGAGGACCUAGGCGCUCGCGUGGACGCCGCACUCCCCUCGGUAGCCUCGGCCCAAGAGGCCUGCUUUCCACGCGCUAGCCCCGCCGGGGUCCGUGUCCUGUCUCGGCGGCCGGACCCGGGCCCGAGCCCGAGCAGUAGCCGGCGCCAUGUCGGUAGUGGGCAUAGACUUGGGCUUCCAGAGCUGCUACGUCGCUGUGGCCCGCGCUGGCGGCAUCGAGACUAUCGCUAAUGAAUAUAGCGACCGCUGCACGCCGGCAUGCAUUUCUUUUGGUCCUAAGAAUCGUUCAAUUGGAGCAGCAGCUAAAAGCCAGGUAAUUUCUAAUGCAAAGAACACAGUCCAAGGAUUUAAAAGAUUCCAUGGCCGAGCAUUCUCUGAUCCAUUUGUGGAGGCAGAAAAAUCUAACCUUGCAUAUGAUAUUGAGCAGUUGCCCACAGGAUUAACAGGUAUAAAGGUUCCUUGUUUCUAUACUGAUGCAGAAAGACGAUCGGUGAUGGAUGCAACACAGAUUGCUGGUCUUAAUUGCUUGCGAUUAAUGAAUGAAACUACUGCGGUUGCUCUUGCAUAUGGAAUCUAUAAGCAAGAUCUUCCUGCCUUAGAAGAGAAACCAAGAAAUGUAGUUUUUGUAGACAUGGGCCAUUCUGCUUAUCAAGUUUCUCUAUGUGCAUUUAAUAGAGGAAAACUGAAAGUUCUGGCCACUGCAUUUGACACAACAUUGGGAGGCAGAAAAUUUGAUGAAGUGUUAGUAAAUCACUUCUGUGAAGAAUUUGGGAAGAAAUACAAGCUAGACAUAAAGUCCAAAAUCCGGGCUUUAUUACGACUCUCUCAGGAGUGUGAGAAACUCAAGAAAUUGAUGAGUGCAAAUGCUUCAGAUCUCCCCUUGAGCAUUGAAUGUUUUAUGAAUGAUGUUGAUGUAUCUGGAACUAUGAAUAGAGGCAAAUUUCUGGAGAUGUGCAGCGAUCUCUUAGCUAGAGUGGAGCCACCACUUCGUAGUGUUUUGGAACAAGCCAAGUUAAAGAAAGAAGAUAUUUAUGCAGUGGAGAUAGUUGGUGGUGCUACACGAAUCCCUGCAGUAAAAGAGAAGAUCAGCAAAUUUUUUGGUAAAGAACUUAGUACAACAUUAAAUGCUGAUGAAGCUGUCACUCGAGGUUGUGCAUUGCAGUGCGCCAUCUUAUCGCCUGCUUUCAAAGUCAGAGAAUUUUCUAUCACAGAUGUAGUACCAUAUCCAAUAUCCCUGAGAUGGAAUUCUCCAGCUGAAGAAGGGUCAAGUGACUGUGAAGUCUUUUCCAAAAAUCAUGCUGCUCCUUUCUCUAAAGUCCUUACAUUUUAUAGAAAGGAACCAUUCACUCUUGAGGCCUAUUACAGCUCUCCUCAAGAUUUGCCCUAUCCAGAUCCUGCUAUAGCUCAGUUUUCAGUUCAGAAAGUCACUCCUCAGUCUGAUGGCUCCAGUUCAAAAGUGAAAGUUAAAGUUCGAGUCAAUGUCCAUGGCAUUUUCAGUGUGUCCAGUGCAUCCUUAGUGGAGGUACACAAGUCUGAAGAAAAUGAGGAGCCAAUGGAAACAGAUCAGAAUGCAAAGGAGGAAGAGAAGAUGCAAGUGGACCAGGAGGAACCACAUGUUGAAGAGCAACAGCAGCAGACACCAGCAGAAAAUAAGGCAGAGUCUGAAGAAAUGGAGACCUCUCAAGCUGGAUCAAAGGACAAAAAGAUGGACCAACCACCCCAAGCCAAGAAGGCAAAAGUGAAGACUAGUACUGUGGACCUGCCAAUUGAGAAUCAGCUAUUAUGGCAGAUAGACAGAGAGAUGCUCAACUUGUACAUUGAAAAUGAGGGUAAGAUGAUCAUGCAAGAUAAACUGGAGAAGGAGCGGAAUGAUGCUAAGAAUGCUGUAGAGGAAUAUGUGUAUGAAAUGAGAGAUAAACUUAGUGGUGAAUAUGAGAAGUUUGUGAGUGAAGAUGAUCGUAACAGUUUUACUUUAAAACUAGAAGAUACUGAAAGUUGGUUGUAUGAGGAUGGAGAAGACCAGCCAAAGCAAGUUUAUGUUGAUAAGCUGGCUGAAUUAAAAAAUCUAGGUCAACCUAUUAAGACGCGAUUCCAAGAAUCUGAAGAACGACCAAAAUUAUUUGAAGAACUAGGGAAACAGAUCCAGCAGUAUAUGAAGAUAAUCAGCGCUUUCAAAAACAAGGAGGACCAGUAUGAUCAUUUGGAUGCUGCUGACAUGGUGAAGGUAGAAAAAAGCACAAAUGAGGCAAUGGAGUGGAUGAAUAACAAGCUAAAUCUGCAGAACAAGCAGAGUUUGACCAUGGAUCCAGUUGUCAAGUCAAAAGAGAUUGAAGCUAAAAUUAGGGAGCUGACAAGUACUUGUAGCCCUAUAAUCUCAAAGCCCAAACCCAAAGUGGAACCUCCAAAAGAGGAACAAAAAAAUGCAGAGCAGAAUGGACCAGUGGAUGGACAAGGAGACAACCCGGGCCCCCAGGCUGCUGAGCAGGGUACAGACACAGCUGUGCCUUCGGAUUCAGACAAGAAGCUUCCUGAAAUGGACAUUGAUUGAUUCCAACACAUGUUUCUAUUAAAACAGACUAUUAUAAAGCUUUAAGUUGUCAACUUUGUUCUAAGUAUCAACUAGAGCAAGUGAAUACUGAAGAUUUCUUAGUCAGUUUUUAGGGGAUUUUGGGGAAGGGGAAAUAGGUAAUGUAUGGAGCAUUUUGACUUCUAAAUAGUUAGAUACAGAAAUUAAGUGCAUUGUAUCUUUUUCAUAAUGGUACUAUUUAGAAGCCCAGUUAGUCUUACUGAGCUUAUGCUUCACUCCUUUAUGUUUAACCAUGUGUCUACAAGAAUAAGUUUGUUUUGGAAAGUUGAGCAAAAGCUACAGCUCUAGCUAUCCAGCAGACUUUUCAUUAUGACUUACAUGGCAGGAGCUCUAAUUAUGCUUUAAAAAUCUGUUGUGGAGAUUGCUCCAAAGUCUCCCUGCCUGGUGUGGGGAUGGGGUCUCCCUCUUUGUGAGGGUUGGAGCAUGGCAUGGCAUGGAUUAACAGCAGAAGAACAAGGGUGUGCUCUGAGCUUCUUAUUUCACCUCCACCCUCACCUGUGUUCUCUUCCCCCUCUCCCGAUAAAAGGGCUCCCAUUGUAAAUGCCAUGUACUGCUCUCUGGAAAAUAGACCCUCUUGCUUAGAGCAAUAAAACCCUCUUAGCUGAGGGUUUUAAACCUGGAGCCUCUUCCUGAAAGUGUAUUCACGAAUACCCCAAGCGUCAAGGUCUAAAUAAUUUUAUCUUCAAAAGAUUAGAAUUGGGUAGAUGUACUGUUGGAUAUGAUAGCCAUGGUAAAUUUAACUGAGGAAUUACAUCCUUGUUAAUUUUGGUGUAAAGAUUUGGAUCCUGGCCUGUUUAUUCAGGUGUGAGAUGUUCUGUAUAAAUUUUUGAGGUAUAGCUUGAACUGCUAGGACAAGAGUUAAAAGUUCUUUUUAGCUCAUUCACAAAUCACUUGUGUGUUAAGUAUUACUGUCUGUCAUGAACCUGCCAAUUUGUACAUGGUAAGCAGCUGACAGAUGAUACAAAAAAACGAAGAUACACUGGAUUGUACUGGACGAGUCUGAAAUUAGUGUUCAAGAAGUGUGGUGCCUGAUGUUAUAACAACACUUUAUUCUUAACUGUGUGGCCAGUGUCGGGUAUACCAAAGCAUUCCUCUGACUGCUUUUUGGGGCAGUGUUGAUAGGAGUGAGGCAUUUUGAAAAAUCCAAGGAAAGCCUGUGUUCCAGGCCAGAGCUGGUACCUGCUUUAAGAAACUGUUACAAGGCUUGUUGGUAAUGUUUUGGAUCUUUGUAAAAAUUGAUAUUCUGUAUAACAGAGUGCCUCUGUUACUUUUGGCCUAUGUUGUUAGAAAUAAGAUGAUAUCUUGUAUAGUUAGAAUUAAGCUUCUGUCCAUCACGAGAUACAUUGAAAAGUUUUAGAGUGUUACAGGCUCUAAAGUGCUAUGGAGAACAAUUGCUUAGGAGGAGGAAGGGAAAAGCAUGCUUAUGUUGGUGUGUAAGCAUGCACGGAGGCCUUGUGGCACCACAACAAGGCCCUGUUCUUAGCGCAUCCUCUGUUCUCUACACGUCAUGCUUCGAGAGUUCAAGCUGGCCUGCUGUGAAGCCAAUGGCUAUUUUAAAGUGCUGGCUGCAGGAUUAAGCCAACCCUUGUACAACUGGCCCAAUCCUAAUGGCCAUUUCUUCUUAAAAAAAAAAAAAUUUUUUUUUUGGUAUGUGCAUGUGUGUGUGUGUGUGGAAGGGUGUGGGUGUUGGGAUGGGGGUGAAUUUGAAGUUAAAACUAGAAACAAGAUGAUGUGGUCUGCUAGCUCUCUGCUUAGACAGGCUAUAAGACCAAUUGGAUUUACAUAGAGGCCAGGCCAGAGAGUGGUAAUUUAUGGCUUGUGUACAGACAAGCAUUUAUCCAGGUUGCGUUAUCCAAACUGAUUUGUUAAAGCUCCAGGUCACGUUCUUACACUAAGAAAAUCAUUCAGUAAAUGAGACAAGUUUAGGAAAAACUAAUAAAAGAAACCUGUCUUACACUU